GAAGGUCAGAUGUUACAGAAACACUGAAAAAAUGUAUUUAAUUAAUUACAGGCCUGCCCUACAAGUUCGAAGUACAGCAGAUGUUGGAAGAACCUCAGUGGGAGUUAGUAUUUGAAAAAACAAGAUGGAUAAUUGAAAAAUACAGAUUCUCUCAUAGCAAUGUCCCCAUGGAUAAAAUUUUUCAUCGGGAUUCUGAUUUGACUUGUUUGCAGAAACUUUUGGAAUGCAUGAGGAAGACUUUGGGCAAGGUAGCAAACUGCUUCAUUGCCGAAGAGUUCUUGACACAAAUAGAAAACUUGUUCCUUUCCACCUACCAAAGUGAGAGCAAGAGUAAUGCUGAAGAAAAUGAGAAUGAAUGUUCAAAUGAUUUGACAGUGUGA